CAGAAGCCCGGCCAUACUUACCUCCCGACAAUUGACUGUUUCAAUUCCGUCGAAACCCGAUGUUUCAAGAACUUUCGUCCUCGUCUGCUGUCGUAUCUGUUUCUCACGCAGAGCCGCGUCCACACAUCUGCUGUUGCUGAUACAGGCAAGGUGGGUACUUCCUAGAGGUACUCUAUUACAUAAUUUCAUUCAUACAACAUUCAAAGCAGCACUGGUACGUCGUGCGAGAGGUCUCGACGUCGACAUCAACGUGCGAUUGUAAGGCUUCUUUGAUCAUCACACCAAGUCGCACUGCCUUCGAUAAGACACUGGUUACCCUGAUUCAAGAUUCAAGAGGUGCCACAGCCUUUUUUAAAUUUUUCUCUUCUUCUUGUUUGACGUGGAUCUACCAGUAAACAUCUGUUGCUCCGGCUGCCAUACAUUUCCAAGCUAGGCCGUCUGCCUGCUGCAUCCCAACCGAGUUGCCAUAGCGCCCGCGCUCGCCUGCCUGCUGGCUCUGGCUCUCUCACGUCAUCUCUUUCGUCUCAAGGUCACCACACUUUUUCCGCCGGGCACAAACUGGCAUUCUUUCAAACCCAUACCACAGUUUUUACCUGAAUGUUAUUUCAGCCUGCGCGGAGCUAAAAUCGCCUGUCCCACUCAUUGAUUAGGAACGUGGUUGUCCGUCUUGUUAGCUUCACUGGACAGAGGGGACCCAAUCAUCCAGUCCAACCAACAAUCAUCCACCAGCCACCCACCUAGUCAUCUACAGGUUCAUCGAAGACGAGAUCCAGGACGUACAACUCCACCUACCAAGUUGCGAAUCGCUGACCAAUGUCAUGGAUCUAAAUACCCCCCCACGGCACGAUGCCUCGGCGUCGAACUCGGGGCCAUCCGCAGGCCAACCUCCUCAAAACCAACCAUCUCGAAGAAGAAAGAACCAUAGAGCGGGCAAGAAGAAGAAGAAGAAUAGAAGAACUUCUUUCGGCGUCACCUCCGAGGAUAUGGCCCAGGAGAGAAUGAAUGAUAAGGCGCUUGCGGAAGCCAGAAACGGUUUUUAUUCGCAGCCCGGAAACAACUUCAGCAAUACAAGCAUUGAUAGCGAGGCGCUUUUGGAUCAUAGAGAACAACAACCAUUCCUACGACCUAGACGGCCAUCGAUGUUAGUAUCGCAAAGUUCGCAUUUGACAACACCACAGGUCGCGAGCAGGCUUAAAACAGUGGUGGCCAGCAGCAACAACAGCGAAGACGAGCACGAAGGAGCACCCCUUCUCUCUAGUUCCGUAUUCCAGAGAAGCGAAGGCUUUGCAGGUUAUGGUUCAAACGACACCGCGCGAAGGGAUUCAGUCGCCAGUCGUCUUGAAUCAAGCAGGGACAGCAGCAAAAGGAGACGGGCCACAUCACUUGGCGCAACCGGCACAGAAGGCUAUAAUGUCAACUAUCCUCCAUCAGUGCCUGGAACUCCUCCCAUGGGCGCAACCGAUCGCGAUCUAAGCAUGAGCUUCGGCGAUAUCAUGAUGCGGGAUGAUGUCAACUCCAUGCCGAAUUCCCCUGGCAGGCGAACUCUAAAUGAAGAGAGCGACUUGGUAGGAUCUCUGGAACGACGACACACAAUCGCAUUACAGGCUGAGGAGGACGUGUGCUUUCCCCAGGAUGGCCUCUCUGAAAUCGCUGACGAGGAUCUUCGCACUCGUGAUCCCACUGCGUAUCGCAUGAAGAGAAGACGGCGCGGCAAAUGGCCGGAUCUUGCUAUCUUGGAGGAAUGGAGCAGGUAUGAGAAGGAAGGCAGAAGUGAGGAGCGCCAUGCAAAAAAGAUCACAGAACCUCAGUUGAUCAACGGACGACUAAGACCAGUCCACCGUGGCUGGUACCGGGCUCAGGAAGAUGCUCCUUAUCGCUUCACAUACUUCAAUGAAGAAUUCCAGAGUACUAUUCACAGCCAGACCAUUUCAGAACUGGUCCCGCCAGGAGGCUCCUUUAGACAGCUCUUCAUCCCCGAUCCACCACUCCUUUCAGAUUCCUCUGAUGACGAAGAUGACGAAGAGGAUCAGCGUCAUGUCGGUCUAGAUGAAGUUCUAGGCGGCCAGAACGGUGACCCAAGGAUUCCAAGCCGGCAGCCAUCGCUUACUACCACUACCCAAGGUUACUUCGACGCUCGGAGAGAUCGUGGCUCGAACGCUGGAACGACAGUCACGGACUCGAAACGUACCUCAGGAGAGCAUACGCCAACAGAUACCAAAUCUCCGGAACGUUCCAAGUCGCCACCGACGGAAAAGACAAGCAAGCCACCAAAAUAUGGAGACCGACCAGUGUGGUGGCUGGAUAUCUAUAGCCCGACCGAGCAAGAGAUGAAGGUUAUCUCCAAGGCAUUUGGUAUCCACCCACUCACAGCUGAAGAUAUCAUGAUGCAGGAAGCUCGCGAAAAAGUUGAACUUUUCCGGCACUAUUACUUCGUCAAUUAUCGUUCAUUCGACCAAGAUUCAGCAAGCGAGAAUUUUCUGGAGCCCGUCAACAUGUACGUGGUCGUGUUCCGCGAGGGCGUUCUAAGCUUCCACUUUUCGCAAACACCGCACCCGGCCAACGUGCGUCGACGAAUUCGUCAGCUGCGUGACUAUCUCAUUCUCUCAUCGGAUUGGAUAUCGUACGCCAUUAUCGACGACAUUACCGAUGUUUUUGGUCCGCUGAUUCACAACAUCGAGGAUGAAGUCGACGAUAUCGACGAAGCCAUUUUGCUACUGCACUCAGAAGACGAUCCGAAUUUCCCAACGGAUAAUCUCAAAGAAAAGUCUGAGGCCGGCGACGCAACAUCGGCCGAAUCUGGACGCGACAUGCUCAGACGCGUGGGCGACUGCCGCAAAAAGGUGAUGUCGCUUUACAGACUGCUCGGUAACAAGGCCGACGUCAUCAAGAGCUUCGCAAAGCGUUGCAACGAGCAUUGGGAGGUGGCGCCUCGGUCGGAGAUCGGUCUGUACUUGGGUGACAUUCAGGAUCAUAUUGUGACCAUGACUUCGAACUUGAGUCACUAUGAGAAAAUCCUAGCACGAUCUCAUGCCAACUACCUAGCGCAAAUCAACAUACGCAUGAACGAGCGACAGGAGCAGACGGCUGACGUGCUCGGGAGACUCACCGUCUUGGGUACCAUUGUACUCCCCAUGAACAUCGUUACCGGUCUUUGGGGCAUGAACGUCUGGGUCCCUGGGCAGGGGAACGAGGGCGACCUCAAGUGGUUCACGGCCAUCACAGCGGGACUGCUACUUUUUGGGUUUGGCUGUUAUCUGAUUGCGAAGCGUGUGUAUAAGAUUGUGUAAAGAUACAGACAGGCACGCAAGCGAGUGAGUGGAGGCAAGUGAGGAGGGCUUAUGAUGUACCAUACGGGUUCAACGACUAUGUUUUGGACGAAAAGGUCAAGAUCCUCUCAUGUACUGAGAGAGCACAUGUCUACAUGACAGCGUUUUGGUUAAUAAGGAUGGGCAAAAGAAACAGAACGAAAUACAGGCGUUGUGGGGUGGUGAUGGCGUUUUGUGGAGUGAGAUUGAAUAUCUGUCAUUUUCGCGAUUGGAUAGACAGAUGCUUCUAAAAGAAUAAAGCGGAAAGCAAAGUCAUGUAGUCCACAACUCUGUCUUCAU